ACAGGUGUUAUCUGUUAGCGGCAAGAUUUGACCAGUGACUAGUAUAAUCUAUAGAAAUUAAUUGGACAUAUUCAAUGUUCUUGAGGUUUACCUAAUUUAUCUUUAUCGCGUGUUGAAUUUUCAGCCCCAGUUAGUAGCAAACUUUACCGCAAAGAUGUUCCGCUUUUUCAAUAUUCUGCCAGCCCCUCUGCAGAUGUGCGUGAGAUCAAUUUGCAUUCACCCCGUACCCGACGUUACUGAGGAUGAGAAAAGGGCGAAAAUUCAAAGCUCUAAUAUAGAACGAGAUUUGUUUGAACAAGCCAAGCUUGAGGUGAACGUGAUCAAAAUAUUGCUACUUGGUGCUACAGAGAGUGGUAAGAGUACCAUGGUCAAGCAGAUGAAGAUCAUCCACAGUCAUGGCUUCUCCAAGCCAGAGCUUAUUAGCUUCAAGGCUGCAGUGCUGGAUAACCUCCUGACCUCCAUGAAGUUUGUGCUGCGCGGCAUGGGACUGCUGAGGAUUAAUCUGGCCAACAAGAAGAACAAGGCCCAUGCCCGCUCUGUGCUGUCCUGUGGCCAGUGUUUCGGGGAGGACGGGGAGCUGCUGCCGUUUGUGGCCCUGUCUUUCUGUGCUCUCUGGGCCGACCAGGGUGUGAGAGCUGCAGCUGCCAGGGGCUACGAGUUCCAACUCAACGACUCAGCGCUCUAUUUCUUUGACAACAUAAGUCGGAUCAUCUCUCCCAGAUACAUUCCCACUGAGGCGGACGUCCUGCGGGUGAGAGUGCGAACCUCCGGAAUCAUCGAGACUCAGUUUCCAGUCAAUCACAUGGUUUUCAGGAUGUAUGAUGUGGGCGGCCAGCGGACCAAGAGGAGGAAGUGGCUCAGCUACUUUGACUGUGUCCGGGCCGUGCUGUUUGUUGUGGCGCUCAGUGACUACGACAUGACCCUGACGGAGGACCGUUCUAUGAACCGGCUACAAGAGAGCCUUGAACUCUUUACCUCCAUCUGCACCAACAUAGUUUUCAGGAGUACCUCAUUGAUUCUGUUAAUGAACAAAAGUGACCUCUUCCAGGAGAAGAUCUUAAACUCAGGAAGGCAUUUGCGACUCUACUUCCCUAGUUACAAAGGCAUUUCUGUGUUACUGUGUUUCCUAUGGGAAUCCCCCUCCAACAUACAUCCAGUAUCCACAUUCCGGUUUACGCUGCCACAUUCUUUAGACUGGAACUACUGCACUUUCCCCUGCAGCAUGAGGGGAAUCCUACUCAUAGCAUUCCCAAUGGGAGUAUCAAGGAGCCGACUGGGACGUGGAUGCUGCCUCGCGUCACAUCACUGCCAUGUUUGUGGCAUGCAACAGGACCCCCAACAACCUUGUCUUCCACCACUACACCACCGCCACGGACACCCACAACGUACGGGUGGUCUUCCACGUCGUCAUGGACACCAUCGUCAAGGAGAACUUGGAGGCGGUCUCGUUGCUAUAAGACUUUCUAGAUUUUAUUGAUGGAUAUUUGUUUUUAUAGAAUUUAAUAUUUACUAAUAUGGAUGGACAUUCCUCAUUUGGAAUUUUUUUCAAUAAUCAUGUUGGUGUUGACGUGUUUUAAUUCAAUAAAAUAAUGUACAUGCCUACUGGUCUUUGAGA